UGCUCGGUCACAGGCGUCAAGGCCGUCUCCAGCGCGCCCUCCCUGGCACAGGCCGCCGCGAUGAGCUCGGACGUUGCGCUGCUUCUGGAAGCGGCCGACUUCGCCGCCAGGAAGCACCGCACUCAGCGGCGGAAGGACCCAGAGGAGACCCCAUACAUCAAUCACCCCAUCGGUGUGGCUCGUAUCCUAACCCACGAGGCGGGAAUUACGGACAUCGCGGUGCUACAGGCUGCCUUGCUUCACGAUACUGUGGAAGAUACAAAUACCACCUUGGAAGAAGUGGAAGAACAUUUCGGGGCGGAGGUGAGGCGCAUAGUGCAAGAAGUGACGGAUAACAAGGAGUUGCCCAAGCAGGAGCGAAAAAGACUGCAGGUGGAGAAUGCCUCGCAGAGCAGCCGGGCUGCCAAGUUGGUGAAACUGGCAGAUAAGCUGUACAACCUUCGGGACUUGAACCGCCGAACUCCCAAAGGAUGGUCUGAGCAGAGAGUUCAGGAGUACUUUGAGUGGGCGGCACAAGUGGUAAAAGGCCUUCAGGGCACCAACCCACAGAUGGAAAAUGCACUGCAGAAACUGUUCCAACAACGAGGACUGUCACUGUGAGCAGCAGGGGGAAACGAGAAAUGUGAUCAAGAUUUCAGCCUGAUUUAGAUCAAGAAGAGGAUUCAAAAAUCAAUUCUGAAAUUUGUUUUUGUGCUGAUAUUGAAGCCCCCGAGGCAUACUAAUUCCUUUAACAGAAGAUUACAAACAAGGAAGGACUCCUGUUUUCUUCCGGUACCUGAGUAAAACACUGAUUUGUAAAAAUUAGAAUGUUUUUUAUUCCUGUUGUAACCUGUAAUAUUUCUCUGGGUCCUUGAACUUCUUUCUGAAUUGGGUUUACUGAUCAUACUGAAGACAUAAAACCACUGAUUUGUUUUAUUUUGUUUUAUAAAUCCAAUGAAAAUAAAAAGGCCU